ACCUACAACCGUAUAUCAAAUAUCACUGAUCGUAAACCUCCAUUGAAUUUACUCUGUGCUUCGAUCGCGUCAAUGGCGGAGCACCCACAGUCGCAGCAUGUUGGCCAACAGCCACGAUCCCACCAAGUAGUGAAGGCAGCCACUGCAGUCACUGCCGGUGGAUCUCUUCUAGUUCUCUCCGGUUUGACCCUUGCUGGUACGGUCAUUGCACUGACCGUAGCCACUCCAUUGCUGGUCAUAUUCAGUCCGGUUCUUGUUCCUGCGGUUAUCACAGUUUGUUUGAUAAUCACAGGGUUUUUAGCCUCAGGCGGUUUUGGCGUCGCUGCCAUUUCUGUCUUGUCCUGGAUUUAUAGGUAUGUUACUGGAAAGCAUCCACCAGGAGCAGAAAGUCUGGACCAGGCACGCUUAAAGUUGGCGGGAAAGGCAAGAGAGAUGAAGGACAGAGCUGAGCAGUUUGGACAGCAUGUAACAGGUCAACAGACUUAAAAGAGAAGUGGGUUUUGGUGGUUGAUGCAGAGAACAUAAAAUGGCUUUGAUAUAUAUAUAAAAAUAUAUGAGUCCUUUAAUUAACAUGGAAGGCCAUUGCUUGUCUGGUGUAUUUCUUUUUUCGCUUAAAUCUUUUUGUUUCUUCUAUGUAAUUUGUUAACGGGUCUUCCCUCUUUUGAGAGCUGUCUAAAAUAAUUUUCUUGUCAUGUGUUGAAGGUCUCUGUAAUCAAGUCUUACUUUGUUUGUUGAUGAAUUUGAUGUUUCCAUACUUUUUGGUUUUAA